AUGGCACCUUUACCACCUAUUUAUCGCACUUUUGUUCAACCCGAAACACUACCAGAGAAAAAGAGUUAUCCAGCACCAGAGGGAAUUAGCCAUGUUAUUCCACCAAACCUUUACCCCAGAUAUGCUGUUUUCAUUGAACAGGAUGAUCGCAGAGGUCUUAUUCCGGUCCACAAACUUGAAAAAGCUAUUGCUAAAGCCUUGACCAAAUUUUAUCUCUUUGCUGGUCGUUUAUCACCCGAGCCACGAGGACGAUUUUCUAUUCAAGAUUU